GACAAAGGCAGAGAGACCGCAGAAGGGUUAUAAGUCACUAAACCAAAAGAACAAAAGUAUUUAUUUUGUAGAUAAACUACUACUAAUGAAAAAUGAGGGUACAUAAUCAACGGCUGAGAGUUGACAUCACACCCAAGCCGAUGGGUUUGACCGGAAGUUCUUUGAUCACGGCGAGAUCCGUCGCAGUUCUUCUCUUUGUCUCUCUGCUUCUUCUGAUUCUGCCACCGUUCCUUCCACCGCUUCCACCGCCUCCAGCCACGCUCCUCCUGCUCCCUCUCCUCCUCAUGAUUCUCCUAAUUUUCUUGGCCUUUUCUCCUUCUAAUGAGCCUAGCCUCUCGGUAGAACCUCUUGAACCCUGAUGAGUGGUGUCGCAGACUUCCGCACCGACCGUACAGAUGUAUAUGCAUUUCACAAACAUAUAUAAAAGUGUCUAUAUAUAUAUUUAUGUAUGUACGGAGCAAAUUAAGGGCUUUUAGCUUCGUGUAAGAUGGUCUCAUGUGAUAGAUCUCGGACUUUUCUUUUAAAGUGCUCUAUAUAAAUGCAGUUUAUAUAUUUAUGUGCAAUUGUGCAUGUAUACAUUUCUGUUUAUCAGUCUCAUCUUUU